AUGGUUGCUAACUUCCCUGCUGCCGUCAUCGCCGCCACCCGUAAAUACAUUAAUGUUUUCCGCCGCCGUGGCCUCAUCAAGCCGGCAAGUUACUUUGUCCUCCUCCUCUGCCUGUCCUAUUACCUUGGCUACUUAUCAGCUGUUGAAAACAAUCCAACACACGAACAACACCAGCAAUACUCCAUGACCACAUCCAGCCCACCAUCAAAAGCUGCCGUCGACCACUACGAAUUCCAGACUCGAUGCGCUGUUCCGAUUCCCUCCCAGUUCAUCCGCGAGACAAUCCUCAACUACGUCUUCAACGGAACAUCCCCCUAUCAUGAUUUCCCUCAGCCCCAUAUCAAACCACUCUUACGCCAGAAAAGAAUCAACGGCUGGGGAUCAACCGGGGCUGUCUUCAAGAACCUGAUUCAUAAAGUACGACCGAAGACCAUCAUAGAAUUGGGCACCUUCCUUGGCGCCUCAGCUAUACACAUGGCUGAAUUGACCCGUGAACUCGGUCUCGACACUCAAAUUCUUUGCCUCGAUGAUUUUCGUGGUUGGGCCGGUUUACCAAACCAGUUUCAAGACAUUAAAAUGGUUAAUGGUGACACGAUGCUGAUGUAUCAAUUCAUGCAAAACGUGGUUCAGGUUAAUGCAACGGAAGCCAUUAUCUUUUUGCCAUUUUCGACGGCGUCAACUCUGGAGAAGCUCUGUGAGUGGGGUGUGUUUGGUGAUCUGAUUGAAGUUGACGCCGGCCAUGAUUUUCACUCUGCAUGGUCGGACAUUAAUCGUGCAUAUAAACUACUGAGACCAGGUGGGGUUAUUUUCGGACAUGAUUAUUUUACGGCAUUGGAUAACAGAGGUGUUAGACGGGCGGUUAAUAUGUUUGCCCGAGUCAACGGCCUUCAAGUUAAGGCCGAUGGUCAACACUGGGUACUUAGCUCCUUCUGA